ACUGCCACAAAUUCCUGAGCUGCUCUGAGGCUUUGCCCUUUUGUCUUCUGAGAUCCUGUUGAAUUUUGCUGCAAGUGAACCAGAGAGCUUUCCCCUGAAGUAAUAUUGGACCGAUGCAGUUGUGUUUUGAUGGUAUUUUCAAGUCUUCAUGGAUUCAUUUUCCAGACACUUGUUUUCACUCUUUUUGAUUAACACUGUUCUAAGUGGUGGAUCCUGCGAUGUAAGAAGGAUUACCGAACUGAGUGCCUUUGGUGACCCAGGGGGGAAGCAGGAACAGCUGGAUAUAGAGAAUUGCACAUACUGGGAUCAAGUGAAAGCUCCUGAUGGAUACAAUCUGAACUUGUCCAGGCUACUAAUAUCUACUGUACUGUUCUGUCCAUCAUCACCAUGCACGUCCUGCGUCCGGGUGGCUAUCAAGAUAAACAACACAGUGCCGGUGAAAAUAGAAGGAGUACAAAUUCAUUUCUUUGAAUAUAAAAGCAACAGAAACAAUGAGAUCCAGAUCCGAUGGAAGAACCACAUGCAGCCCAUCAAUGCUGCGGACUUUGUCUUCGAAUGCUUUGAAUCAGAUGGUGGUUCUCAAGUGGAGGUUGCAGUUAAGACAAUCCCGGAUUAUGGACCCCAGUUGACUGCAAAUUAUAUUGUGGAGGAUUAUGAAAAGGGUCCAAGGAUCAGUUAUUCAGUUAUUCCUGAGCAGAAGCAAAUCAUAGUUACUGCUCCCCCAGGGCAUAUGGUGAAAGCUAUGUUAUGUUACAAGCGGGGCCUGUUAUGUCGCGAGCUAAGUAAACACUCGAUUCAGCUGAUUAACACCACAUCGACUCUGUCUUAUGACUAUCUGCUUCCUUGCCUCUGUAUCCAGGCAUUUUACCCUGGGCAUGACAGCCAUCGAACAACAGACUGUCCAUUCACUGAUGCUCCUGAAGCCUUUGGUCCUGAUCUCUGGAGGUCAAGCAAUUUCUCAGAUCUGAUUCAACACAAGAACAACAUGGCGGUCCGUUAUAAUGGGAAAUGCUUAAUUAAACCUCACGUAGUCCUCUGUUGGAAGUCAAAUGGGUCGUGUGUCGAGUUUGAGGUGUCGGCCACCAAGUUUUUAAAGUCCGGCUAUGUCUUUGAGAGCGUUGACAAACAUUCCCAGAUGUGUUUCAAGUUUAAGUAUAAAAACAGCAGCCACAUUGAAUGCCGAAACAGGCCAGACACUGAUUGGAAUGUAACCAUGGAGGUAGAAUCAAACAAGCUCAUGCUUACGUUCGUUUCACAUUUCCCAGCAUCUUUCAGUGCUGUUCUAUGCAAGUCAGUAGGAGAUGACUGCAAAAAUACAAGCCUGAUCUACUGCAUAAGUCAGACUGAACUAAGCUCCCAGAAGCUCCUUAUGAUCUUGCCUGUGGAAAGUCCAGAAUUCUGUGUAAGGGUGUGGCGUUCUGAUGUGAAUUUCUCUGGGAAGCAGCUACUUUGUCCACACUAUUCCCGACAAUGGAUGGGGCUGGGUCUCUUGGGCAUGCUGAUUGUGUUAGUCAUUGUGCUGUUGGUUAUUUAUGUGGUCUGGCAGUUUACAACUAAAGUUGUGUCAGCCCCUCUGUGGAGCAGAACAGUCUUGUUGAUGUACUCACCAGACUCUGAGGAACACAAGACUUUGAUCUGUGCUUUCGCAGAUAUCCUGAAGACUGAAUUGGACUGCAAUGUUAUACUCGACCUAUGGGAUAGUGGUAGUGUGGCGGAAAUUGGCAUUGUGUCGUGGCUUUACAGCAAGAGGGAACUUGUGGAGACCGAAGGAGGAAAGAUAAUAAUCAUUUGGUCAAGGAAAAGCCAGGAAAUGUACAAAGAGUGGUACAUGUUGGAGCCGGUAUCUGGACUCGACCACGAUGACCUGCAUGACCUUUUCAGCACAUCGAUGGCUUGCAUUUAUAAUGACAUUUUAAGAAACAGAAGAAUUAAGGAUUACAGUAUUAUUUACUUUAAUGGACUAUGUAGCAAAGAAAAUAUUCCAGAAAUUUUUGCCAAGAUCCCUAAAUACCAAAUGCUGAAGGAUUUUUCGAGCCUUGUGAGUGAACUGCAGUCUCUCGUUGAUCUGCCUUGCAGACUCAAGUUAAGCACAAAGUAUUUGGUGUGUAAAAUCCUGAAGUCCGAGAAAAUGCAAAGGCUGAAAAGAAAGAUAGAACAGUCUAGAAAGUUGCAGGAGCAGAGGCAUCUCUGCUCUAAGGACCAAGGUUGCUCAGAUUGAGAAAAACUUAUCAGAAGAACUUCACAGGUAAUUGGAAAGAGAGGGAGCAGAGACCUACCUUACAUCUCUUGAUUGUGCCUUUAUUUGAUGGUACUCUAUUGACACAUAGCUAAUAUGUGCUUUGUAAAGCAACCCACAUGGCUGAUGCUCAGAAUGUGAGGGAGCCUGUCACACAUAGAAGAAGCAAUUUGAUCUAUGAAUAUGUUUCACUUUAUCCAUUGCUUGAAGUCAGCUUUGCAGAGUCAGCUCACAAGGUGAAAAACAAAAUGAGAAGAAAGAAAUCCUGAUAAUGAAAGGAAAAGGAAGAUGGAAAGAAAUGAUGGGGCUGAGAGACACAAACAGCAGCUGAGUGAUAUAAACCAAGGAGGGAGUGUAGAAGAGACAGAGCGUUUUAUCUUGGGCAACUUAUUUCAAAGCACUUACUCAGAAUAUUCCAGCAUCAAUCCAAUCCUCUCAGGGAAACACAUACAGUACCUGCAAACAAGCCCAAAAUGGCAGCAGAACUUCAUCUACCUCAUUCCAUAUGUUGCAUUUGAAAAACAAUCUGAUGUCACGUUGUUACAGUAGCCAGCUGGCUGCUGGGAAUUGUCUUCUAUUCCAUAUGAGCUCCCUUUAGCCACAACAGGAUAUCAAAACUUCACCUCACGGUACUACUUAUGUGCGGAUGGCAGACUCAGUGAACACUUGAACUAUUAGGGUCUGGUAGGAUUUAUGACUUCCUAACACCACAUUCCAUGAAUACUCCCAUGCUGUUGAUGUAUUAAUGCUGACUAGAAGGAGAUGCAUCCGCUACUUGUGGAGAAACAUUUAUACUCAAUACCUCUGUACUUCACAGAGUCCAAGAACUCUGAAUGCACGAAAUUGUGGAUGAGGACUUCUUACACUGCUUUUUUGUCAGAUCUUUUUUUAAAAAGAAAAGCUUUGUUUGUUAUUAUGUGUUAUAAGAAUCCAGAAUUCUGGAUUCUCACUUGUUCAAUUGAUUCAAUGUAAUGUUGUGUCAGUAAGGAAUAAUCAAUUUCCUCAAAGUGUUUGGCAAAUAGCAAACUAAGUACAGAGUGAUAGUUUGAAAACAGACUAUAGAUACAAUAUAUACCGGGUCCUGUCUGCAUGGAUCAUUUUUUGGUAUCUAUUUGGAUUUAUACAGUGUUAAGCCACAUGGUUAGCAUUUACAUCAUCUCUCAUUCAGUAACUUGUGAUGUCUUCUUUUUCCAUUUGUACCUUCUGAGCCUUUUCUUCUUUAUUUAUACCCAGUUUGGCUACAUUCUGAUAUUCACAUUCUCUUACACUUAUAACAACAGUCCGAGGAGCCACGUCCCUUCCCCACAGGCCAGCAAUUCUUCAUGAUCCAGAGAAUGUCAUAAACUUGUUAGCUGCUCCACCCCCUUUGAUCACUAUGGACUGUGGCUAUUUUGAUCUUUCAAUUUAACCCUUUCCUUGUUUAAUGCAAACUAUUUGACAUGUAGACCUAAAGUCAUACUAAUAAGCAUAUAUUCUUUAAUUAAGUAUCACUUUUCACAAAAUCAAUUAACAUAAAACACAAUCGUGAUUUUAUCUAGUCAUGCUUUAGUCUGGCUCUUACACUUUUCUCCAUAGGGCUAGGACAGAAGCCACUUCAGGCUGCAUAUCACAUCCAAUCCUCUCCAUUAUAAUAAAUUGGAAACAUAUGUAAUUGGAUGGGCUAUAAACAACUAGACCUUCUGCCUUCUUAUGGACAUAUUGCUCACAAGAACCAUCAAGGUUUAACAAUAGAAAAUCAAAAGUACCAAGCAGUAUUAUUCAACAUUAAAAUGCACAGGUUUCAGUUCCUGUUUAUCUUCUACUGAGUCUUGUUAAUAAGGUCUUAUUUUACAGUUUUCCUUUAGUGAAGAUAUCUGGUCCAUUAACAAACCACUUUCUAAAGAAAAUAUCUUUAUAACCAAUGUUACUUCAUAUCAGUGUCAUUGUAAUCUUUGUGGGUCCACCUUCAGCAAAGGAGGUCUGUUAGAAAUUGUGACCACAUAUGUGCAGAAGAAAAUUGUUAUUUUUAAUAAAACUAAGGGUGGCACUAACUAGAACAUAGUAUUUGGUAUGUAACUAAACAGACUAGACAGUAAAAGGCAUUUACGUGUACUGGGGCAAAAUUGCACAAAACAUUGGUUAGGCUGCACUUGGAGCAUUGUGUGCAGUUCUAGUUGCCACACUACAGGAAGGAUGUGAUUAAGCUGGAGAGGGUGCAGAAAAUAUUCACAAGAUGUUGCCUGCAUUGGAGGGCUUGAGUUAUCAGGAGAGAUUGGAUAGGCUGGGUCUGUCUUCCCAGGAGUGAAGGAGGCUAAGAGGUGACAUGAUGGAGGUAUAUAACAUUAUGAGAGGCGUAGGUGGGCAGUGCCUCUUUCCCGUGGUAGGGUGUCUAAAACUAGAGGGCAUAGAUUUAAGUUGAGAUGGAGGAGGUGUAAAGGGGAUCUGAGGGGUAAAUUUUUCACACAAAGAGUAGUUUGUAUCUGGAAUGAUGUGGUAGAGGCAGGAACAUUAACAACAGUGAGGAGGCAUCUGGAAAGGUACUUGAAUGAGCAAGGACUACAGGGAUAUGGACUUAAUGCAAGCAAGUGGGAUUAGUAUAGAUAGGCACGAUGACUGGCAUAGCCACAGUGGGCCGAAGCGCCUGUUUCUAUGCUCUGCACCUCUAUGAUUCUAUGAAUGCAAGGUAUGGUAAUCUAAAAUGGAUUUCAAGUAGAUAUAGAUGAGCUAAUGGAAUGUGCAAAUGGUUUCCUUCUGUGCUGAAUCAUUGUGUGAUUUUACAAUAUUUCUUCUACACCCACUUCCAAAAACAAAAACAAAGUUUCGGCCCUUCCAUUUCAAUGCUGUGCAAUUUGUCUUUAGGGGCUAGGGCACACUGCUACCUCAAGGGCAGAUAUCAUUGAGUCAUGGAGAGAAACUGCAUAAAACAUGCCUUUCAACCCAUUUGUUCUG